CUCACUUUAGUUCACUGUCAAAAAAUUUCAAUUAUUGUCAUCAUCAUCGUCAUUAAGAAUUUAUUCAACCAACUUACUACAACAAUGCAAUCAAUUUGUGUGCCAAAAUAACAAUCAAAAUGAAAUUAUUUAAAUGCAUUUAAAAUAGUUAUCCUUUUUUGAAAUCAAUUAUUAUUACAACAUCAUCGAUGAUUUAAUCAACAACAAUGAAAAUGUUAUUGGUUUUUGUUUUUUCAAUUUUUUUCUCAAUCGUUGUGGCAAUUGAACAAAUUCAUCUUUCACUUGGAACUGAUGAAACUGAAAUGAUUGUUACAUGGACGAUACCUGAACAACAAACACCAUUACCUCAUCAACAAGCACGUGUACAUUAUGGCAGCAAUAAUUCUAGUGGUCAAUUACAAUCGGUCAAAGCUGAAGUAGAACAUUUUGAUGAUGAUGAAGCUGAAUAUUGUACAUAUAGAGCUUUAUUGAAAGAGCUUAAACCAAAUACAACUUAUUAUUAUUGGAUUGAACAAGAAAAGAGGAAAUCCAAUCUCUAUCAUUUUAAAUCAUUGCCAUCUGGAAACAAAUGGCUACCCCGAUUCGCUAUCUAUGGUGAUCUUGGAUACGUCAAUGAACAAUCACUACCGUAUUUGAAAAAAGACGUGGAACAAAACAUGUACGAUGUAAUUUUUCAUGUUGGUGAUUUUGCCUAUGAUCUUCCUUCUGAAAAUGGAUGGUGUGGCCAUAAUUUUAUGAGAUCAAUUGAACCGGUUGCUUCCAGAGUACCAUAUAUGACAUGUCCUGGAAAUCAUGAAGAAUAUAACAAUUUUAGUCAUUAUGAUUCACGUUUCACUAUGCUUGGUGAUCGAACCAUGCCAAUGCAUAAUAGUUCAUUGAAUGAUCGUAUUAAUAAUCAUUUUCAUAGCAUGGAUAUUGGUCCAGCACAUAUUAUUAUGUUUUCAACAGAAUAUUACUAUUAUACUGAAUAUGGAUGGAAUCAAAUUCGUACACAAUUUGAAUGGCUUGAAAAAGAUUUAAUCCAAGCUAAUAAAAAUCGAGCCAAACAUCCAUGGAUUAUUGUGAUGGGUCAUCGUUCACUUUAUUGUCUUAAAAUGGGUGAUGAUUCUUGUGAUCAUCAAACAAUGGAACGACCAGAAAUUCGACAAGGUAUUCACAUGCAUCGAAGAUAUAAUUUUCCAAGAGAAUAUGGUCUGGAAAAUUUAUUUUACAAAUAUGGUGUUGACAUACAAUUCUAUGGUCAUGAACAUUUUUAUGCACGUUUGGCGCCUAUCUAUAAUUAUACAGUUCUUAGUGGAAAACGUUCAACUAAUCCAUAUGAUCAUCCACAAGGUCCAAUCCACAUAACGACAGGUAGUGCUGGCAAUCUUGAAUUACAUCCACCAUUCAAUCAUUUGAAAAGUUGGGUCAGCUGUCAUUUUCUUGAUUAUGGUUACACACGUUUAUUGUUUGAAAAUGAAUAUCAUAUUCGAUUACAACAGGUUUCCGAUGAUCAACAUGGUGAAGUUUUAGAUGAGAUUGAUAUUAUAAAAAGUGCACCACAACCACAAUGGAUGCCACAAAAAAAGAAAAUUGUUUCAUAAAACAAAACCAAUCAAUUCAAUCAAUUCAAAUGAAUUAAAUGAUUAAAUGUUUCGUGUAUUUA